UUACCUGUACCAGAUGGACGAUUCAUGCGUAAGCAAUCAAAAGACCGAAAGUUUUUGCAAAGUGUGUGGAGAUAAGGCUUCUGGUAAACAUUAUGGUGUAGCUAGCUGUGACGGAUGUAGAGGAUUCUUCAAAAGAAGCAUUAGAAGAAAUCUGGAGUAUGUUUGUAAAGAAAAUGGAAACUGUAUAGUUGAUGUUACUAGAAGAAAUCAAUGCCAGGCGUGCAGAUUUAAGAAAUGUCUUCAAGUAAACAUGAAGAGAGAUGCUGUUCAACACGAACGAGCUCCUCGCACCAGCCAUCCAUCACCCCUACAUCAUUACCAUCUUGGAUUGGGAGCCAGACUGAGACCUUUUUCGUUUGCUCCUAUCGGUAAUGUCUCCAGCAUCAGCGGCAUACCACUACAAAUACAAAAUCCUCCUUUACUGGACCCUAUGAUGUCCCAAAUUCCGGGACAUUAUUUCCACCAAGGACUCAUUUACCCUACGGCUUCGAUAUUGGGGGCGUUUGGAAAACAACCGACAGGGAUGCACUCAGGACUCAGUAUUUCAAGCUCACCUUACACUAUGCAGAAGCAACAAAAUAAUUUGACAAAUCCAACCUCUUCACCUCGGUCUCCACGCAGUAUCAUUAAAGAUGACGAAGUAUCCAGUUCAGAAGAAAUUGCUCAAAAUAAAUCAUCAGAAGAAGAGUCAAUCCACGAAGAAUCAUCUUCGCGUCUAGAAUUACCAAUUGAUCCUUGCAGACCUACCUCCGUUAUAAGGCAUUUGGAAGUGCCGUAUUUGAACCUCUUUCCUGCUGAAAACGUUUAUGAAUCAGCAGCAAAAUUGCUUUUUUUAGCUAUCAAGUGGGCUAGGACAAUACCUUCAUUUUUACAGUUAUCAUACAGAGACCAAUCCAUUCUCCUAGAAGAAAGUUGGAACGAACUGUUUGUGCUGACAGCAGCACAAUGGGCAUUCCCUGUAGAUGAAGCAAUAUUAUUAAGUAAUGUAGUGGCUCCCACUUCCCGCCAGGUGUUCUUGGAAGACGACGCCAGAAAAUUAAAAGAAAUCAUAGCAAGACUUAACUUACUAAGGGUGGAUCACACUGAACAUGCUUGUUUGAAAGCAUUGGUACUGUUUAAAGCAGAAAGCAGAGGUCUGUGUGAACCAACUCACGUAGAACUCCUUCAAGACCAGACUCAUGUCAUGCUACACGAAUAUUGCUCUCAAAAACAAAACAUCCACAAAGGAAGAUUCGGCAAAUUGUUGCUCACUCUUCCAGCUGUUCAGUCCGUUUCUAGGAGAGGACUGGAGGAACUUCUGUUUAGACAGACAGUGGGAGACGUGGCCAUAGAUAGACUCUUGGGAGACUUAGCGAAAGCUGCUGGAUAAAGGGGAGCGUGUAUAUAAAAUUUAAUGUUUGUGUAUGUUCUGUAAAAUAUUGUAAUAUUUUUGUGUUUUUUUUGUAUAAUA